AUGCUGCAAAUUUCCCUUUUGGGUGGAUGGCGUAACAUUGUUAAUUUACAUGGUUAUCUACCAGAAGUUUAUGAAGAUACACGUAAAGUUAUAAUGAAUUCAUUAUCGGAAAAUCUUUAUAAAUGCACAACUUUGAAAACUUUAUCUGUUAAA